AUGGCGACCAUCUUCCACAAUGCUCGAAUUUUCCAAUCCCGGCUUCUGAACGGCACCGACCACACCUUUGCCGAGUGCAUGAUUGUCGACCAUGCAACAGGAACCAUCGCCCACGUUGGUAGCAAAUCCGAUGCUGAAGUCGCCAAGGCCGCCGAAGCCGGAGCUACGCCAACCGAUUUGGGAAACAAGGUCAUCUUACCCGCGUUCAUGGACAGCCACAUGCACCUCCUGCUCCUAGGUCUGGCCCUCAAAAAGCUAAGCCUAGAGCCCUGCGAGAACCUUGACGAUAUCCGAAGAGAGAUCAAACGCUACGCUGAAGACCGUCCCGAGCUCCCCAGGAUACUGUGCCGUGGAUGGAUGCAAUCGACGACAAACGGCCUGGCUUUAUCCAGUAUGCUGGAAGGGCUCGAUUCAAAAGGACGGCCGAUCUUCAUUGACUCCAAGGAUCUGCAUUCAACGUGGUGCAACGACGCUGCCAUAGCAGAGAUGGGAGCACAUGACCUUCCGGACCCGGUCGGGGGGACAAUCCAUCGUGACGAGCACGGAGUACCGUCUGGUUUGUUCAGUGAAGGCGCUGCGAUCGGACUGGUCUGGCCACACGUGUCCCGCGUCAUCGGCGUCAACGAGAGGGCGGAAGCUCUUCAAGCCGCACUCAACGCUUACACCGCUGCUGGCUACACUGGCGUGGUGGACAUGGCGAUGGACGAGAGAGUUUGGGAGGCGUUGGAAUUGCUGCAGGAGGGACAAAACCUGCCCAUCCGGAUCGCCGCGCACUGGCUCAUCCUCCCCAAGAGCACCGACGCAGAGAACCUGGCGCAGGUGGACCGCGCAAUCGAGCUGCACGCGAAAUGCAACGCCCAAACGAGCGCGGGGCUCCGCAUCGCCGGCAUCAAAGUUGUCUGCGACGGUGUAGUGGACGGCUGCACCGCCACAUUGUCCGAGCCCUACUCCUCAACCGGCACCAGCGCCGACCCGCUCUGGAGCGUUGAAAUGCUCGGCCCGGUGAUCAGGAAAGCAGACGCCGCAGGCCUGCAAUGCGCACUCCACGCGAUCGGCGACCUCGCCGUCAAGAACGCCAUCGACACCCUCGAGCAAAACGUCACGCCGCACCACCGUCACCGCAUCGAGCACCUGGAGCUCACGUCUGAAGAGGACGCGCAGAGACUUGGAAAGCUGGGUAUCACCGCUUCAAUCCAGCCCGUGCAUGCCGAUCCGGCGAUCUUCCGCGCGUGGCCACGCUUGCUGGGCGAGCAUCGCUGCAAGCGCGCGUUUGCGUACAGAGAGUUUUUGGAUGGCGGGGCAACGCUGGCGAUUGGCACUGAUUCACCGACUGCGCCAUAUCUGCCGCUGCCGAACCUUUAUACUGCAACCACGAGGCUUAGUGCCAGAGAGCCUGCGUCUGAGGAGAAGGUGAAUGAGUGCUUCGCUCUGGAGCUUGCUAGUGCGGUGUGCGGUGCUACGUCUGGAGCGGCGUACAGCUGCUUUGCGGACGAGUGGACAGGCCAGAUCAAGAAGGGCCUUAAGGCGGAUUUUGUGGUGCUGGAUAUGGAGUGGUCUGCUAAGAAGUUGCUGGAGGCGAGGGUGCAGCAGACGUGGUUUGAGGGACGAAAGGUCUUUGACGCCAAAGGCAUCGCAUAG